AUAGAGCUCCGCCCACUUUUGCAAACAAGCGGUAAAAGGGUUAAACUUUGCCCUCGACCGAACGACACGCACGGCUCUCUCCCACGUCCCACUGGCUGUCGGAAGGCAUCGCCCGCCAUGCAACUAGCACGGACAGUAGUGAGGAUGAUGGGUCGGCGGCUGGCUCUGCGGAAGGGAGUGGCCGUGAGUGUGGCGGUGCUGUUGCUACUCGGCUGGGGGCUGCUCUACCUUUCCCUCACGAGAGGCAAGUCUCCCGACGCCGCGGUCCCGCCUCCCGCACUCCCUGUCACAGAAAAAGUAACGUCAGCCACGCCGAAUCUCAGCCCAAGAAGAGCGCCAGUCCAUAAGAAUCAAUCUGUGUACCCGGCCCACCUGCGCAGUCCGCCCGCCAACCCUGCUCAGUGGGGGAACCAUUCCAUCGUCCAUCACCAGCAGUGCAAGUUCACCGAGGUCACCGAGGUCACUGGUGUUGACGUACAGAUGCUGGACGUUGUCGAGGAGAUUCCAUUUGACAACGCAAAUGGAGGUGUGUGGAAACAGGGGUUUGAGAUCAGUUACUCUCUUGACAGCUAUGGAGACGAACCUCUCAAUGUAUUUGUUGUUCCUCACUCCCACAAUGACCCAGGGUGGUUGAAAACAUUUGAGGAAUAUUUCAAGAGGCAGACAAAACUGAUUCUGGACAAAAUGGUGGCUGCUCUGAGCUCUGACUCGAGGCGGACGUUCAUUUGGGCAGAGAUAUCGUACCUCCAGCUGUGGUGGAACCAGGCCGGCCAGGAAAUGAGGGAGAAGCUGAGAAAGUUGGUGGAUAAUGGGCAGCUGGAGAUAGUGACGGGAGGCUGGGUCAUGAACGACGAAGCAAACACUCACUACUUUGCCAUGAUUGACCAGAUGAUUGAGGGGCACAGUUGGCUUGCCCACAAUCUGCCAGAUGUGGUACCACAAAGUGGGUGGGCUAUUGAUCCAUUUGGCCACACCCCCUCCAUGGCAUACGUGCUCCAGCGCAGUGGAUUGACUGGGAUGGUGCUGCAAAGAAUCCACUACUCUGUCAAGAAAAGACUCGCUCAGACCAGGGAACUCGAGUUCCUAUGGCGACAGGCCUGGGAUCACCGUGGAAACACGGACAUGUUUGCUCACAUAAUGCCAUUCUACAGCUACGACAUUCCACAUACAUGUGGUCCUGACCCAGCCGUGAGUUCCCCAAACUCCCCACCUUCUCUCUCGUCCUACUCACUCUGCCUUCUAGCAGUGGAUACUCCACGAUGGAGCAUCUUUUGUCUACACAAUGUUUCUGUAGAUCUGCUGUCAGUUUGACUUCAAGAGACUGCCCGGGUCGAAGAUAAAGUGUCCCUGGAAGAAACCGGCGCAAGCGAUUCAUGACAGAAACGUCAAGGAGAGGGCAGAGAUGCUGGCAGACCAGUACCACCGGAAGGCUCAGCUCUAUGUCACCAACAACCUUCUAGUGCCUCUGGGAGAUGACUUCAGGUGGGACUCUGAGAAGGAAAUAGAAGACCAGUUCAGCAACUACCAGAGACUAAUGGAUUUCAUGAACUCUCAACCCCAGAUGAAAAAUCAAUGUAGUACAUUCCAUUAUCAGUAGGGCUCAACUGUAAUUAUCUGCCACCAUCCCAGGUACAGUUUGCCACCCUCUCCACAUAUUUCACAGCAGUCCAGAGCAGUUCAUGGGUGUCAGCUCACACAGAGGAAGGUGACAGAGCCUUUCCCGUUUUGUCUGGAGACUUCUUCACCUACAGUGACCGUGACGACCAGUAUUGGAGCGGCUACUACACAACACGGCCGUUCUACAAACGCAUGGACAGACAGUUAGAGGCUCGACUGAGGUUGGCUGAAAUCCUCUAUUCUCUCUGUGUGGCUCGAAGUCUCAAGAUAUACCCCACCCUCCCCAACCUCUUGACCUCUGCCAGACGGAAUCUGGGCCUGUUUCAGCACCAUGAUGGAAUCACUGGGACAGCCAAAGACAAAGUGGUGGUUGACUAUGGUAGAAGAAUUCUGGCAGCCUUGGAGCACGCAGACACCAUCAUCCAACACUCAUCACAGGCUCUCCUCCUUGGCAACGAUACUGUCGCCGACAGCCUGCACUUCUCACUGGGGGAGAGUCGUAGCACUCAGGACUCUUUGCCGCAGCCAGCCAUUGUUCGUCUCUCGCUGGACGGUCCACAGACCCUUCUCCUCAUCAACCCUCUCUCCUCCCCCUCCCAGAGACUAGUCUACGUCACCGUGGACAUGCACUCUGUGUUUGUCACAGACAAUGACAACGGAACAGUCAGUUGUCAGGUGAACCCUGUUCUGGGAGGAGACGGAUCUCCCAGCAACGACCACUACAAGCUGGUGUUCCUGGUGUCUCUGCCGGCCCUGGGCCUGGUUCAGUACCACCUGUGGCCAGCAGCAGGUUCCCAAUCCUGCUCUCUCUCCAGCCUCAACAGCUUCCACUACUCCUACCAACACUCAGUAUUCUCAGAGCAGCAGAGUCUGCAUGAGUCAAAGGACAUCUCACUCUCCACGGAUACCAUGACAGCUGUCUUCUCUUCAGACACUGGGCUCCUUCACUCCAUCACCAGACCUGGUGCAGAGGCAGUGGGUGUUGCUAUGGAUGUUGUGAUGUAUGGUUCACGGCAAGGGAAACAGCGGAGUGGAGCUUAUAUAUUCCUCCCUGAUGGAGCCGCUGGAUCUAUUCUUACCCCAGACACACGGCCCCGCAUCGCUGUGACAACUGGACCAUUGGUACAUGAGGUGGUUUCUUAUGUGGGUGUGGUUUCGGUGCAGCAGAGACUAGGUAAUGUUGAAGGAGUUGAGGGAAAGUCAGUUGCUGUCACUACUUUCACUGACAUACACCAGGAGAUGGACAAGGAGGUUGUCAUGAGACUACGUAGCUCCAUCUCCAAUGACAACGGAGUGUUCUACACUGACCUGAAUGGGUUGCAGCUGGUUCGGAGGAAGACAAUGUCCAAACUCCCACUGCAAGGGAAUGUGUAUCCCAUGCCAACCAUGGCAUUCAUACAGGAUUCACAUCACAGGCUGUCAGUUCUGGGGGCACAGCCGCAGGGUGUGGCAGCCCUCAAACAAGGUUGGCUAGAGGUGUUUCUGGACAGAAGACUGUCUAAAGACGACGAACGAGGUCUGGGUCAGGGCGUCAAAGACAACAAGUUGACAGCAGCUCACUUCAGAAUCCUCCUGGAGACAAGAGCAAAGCCUCUGACAGAGAGCUCGCCUCAGCUUGCUUACCCUUCCUUCCUGUCCCUCGUCGCAAUGGAUACACUUCUGCACCAUCCACAUGUCUCCUUCACCUCCUCACAAUCCAAGAUCUUUGCUCACCUCCCUGCCUCCCUCUCUCUCCUCUCUCACCCCAUCCCCUGUGAUAUCUUCAUGCUCAAUCUGCGCUCUGACCUUUCCCGGCCUAAAUCUGCUGUUAUUCUUCAUCGCCGUGGUUACGAUUGUACUUUCACCUCUACCCCCGAAUGGUGCCAAACCUCCAAUGGAACGGUGGAGUUGAGUCGACUGUUUACAGGGGUUACUGUAGCCAUGGCAACAGAGAUGUACCUGAGUCUUCUGUUGGAGAAGACGGCAGUGAGUGGUGCCAGUCUCUCAGUCACCAUCCCUCCCAUGGAGAUUCAGGCCUUCUCUCUGCAGUGGAACCACCACUAGCCAUCCUCCACUUUGUUUGUUCCAUGAUUGUCCUUAACUUAUUGGUUUUCUAAAGCGACAUCUGCAGUAACCAACACAUCCACCAACGAAGGUGCCUAGUGCACACUACCGUCUUUAUUCAUCUCAAUACUAGCCCGGGUUGCCAAAGUUAAUGGCAACCAACCACACUGUAGCUGUGGCAUAAUGUACAUACACAUUUGAGAUCUCUAUCAGUGCAGUCUAAUUAACCCUCGGCGGUGCGCAUGCGCAGCGAGGUUACAGUACUUGGUCUGUCUUGUCCGUCUACGUUUUCUGCCACCACGCGCGACAAACAGGUAAAUAGCGACACCAACGGGUUCAGCGCUUCAUU